UCUUUUUGUUUUUUUUUAAGCACGUCGAAGUCUACGUAUAUCUACCAAUCAAUGUAAUAAUUACAGCCGAGCUUAUUUAUUCCAAUAGCUCAUCCAGAAAGCAAGCAACCUGCCCAUCUAUGGAGUAUCAUUCCUCAGAUCAAAUCACAGACCCUCUACUAGUAGUGCGGAAGAACUUCAGGGAAGAAGAUGAAGGUAAAGAUGAGAGCCCGUCCAGUUCAGGAUCCGGCGAGGUCAACGCCGAUCCCGGCGAGAAUUCUCCGAUCAGGGAGGUUGCCCUGACGGUGCCGACAACCGACGAUCCAUCCCUGCCGGUGCUGACCUUCAGAAUGUGGUUCCUGGGCGUGUUGUCGUGCGUCCUCCUGUCGUUCCUGAACCAGUUCUUCUGGUACCGGACGGAGCCGCUCUCCAUCACCGCCAUCUCCGCGCAGAUUGCGGUGGUCCCGCUGGGGCAGCUUAUGGCCGCCAAGCUCCCCAGCCGCGUCUUCCUCAAAGGUUCGAGGUGGGAAUUCAAUCUGAAUCCAGGGCCCUUCAAUGUCAAGGAGCAUGUCCUCAUCACCAUCUUCGCCAAUUCCGGGGCAGGCACCGUCUACGCCAUCCACGUCGUCACCGCCGUCAAGAUCUUCUACCAGAAGCACAUUAGCUUCUUCGUCUCCCUCAUUGUCAUCAUUACAACACAGGUUCUUGGAUUCGGAUGGGCUGGGAUUUUCAGAAGGUACUUGGUGGAACCUGCAGCCAUGUGGUGGCCUUCCAAUUUAGUCCAGGUCUCACUGUUCAGGGUUCUUCACGAGAAAGAAGAGCGGCCCAAGGGCGGCGUCACACGAACGCAGUUCUUCCUCAUCGCAUUCGUUUGCAGCUUCGCCUACUAUAUUUUCCCCGGCUACUUAUUCCAGAUGCUAACCUCACUCUCAUGGAUCUGUUGGAUCUUUCCCAAGUCGGUCCUCGCCCAACAGCUCGGCUCUGGCCUCCGUGGCCUUGGCAUUGGUGCAGUUGGCCUCGACUGGUCCACCAUUUCAUCCUAUCUCGGGAGCCCCCUGGCGAGCCCGUGGUUCGCCACGGCUAAUGUCGCUGCAGGGUUCUUCAUUGUCAUGUAUGUCAUCACACCCCUCAGCUACUGGCUCGAUUUCUACGACGCCAAGACAUUCCCGAUAUUUUCAGACGGCCUCUUCACCACUUCCGGACAGGAAUACAAUAUCUCCGCCAUAAUUGACUCACAUUUCCACCUCGACACAAAGGCUUACGAGCGCGAAGGCCCCCUUCAUCUCAGCACGUUCUUUGCCAUGACUUAUGGCGUCGGAUUCGCCUCGCUCACAGCCACGCUUAUGCACGUGUUCCUGUUCCACGGAAGAGAAAUAUGGGAGCUGAGCAGGUCGAGCUUCAAAGAGAAGAAAAUGGAUAUACACACUAAGCUGAUGAGCAAGUAUCGACAAGUUCCCGAGUGGUGGUUCUGGUGCAUUCUCGUCGCGAACAUUGCCCUCACCAUCUUCGCCUGCGAAUACUACAAAGAACAGCUUCAGCUGCCAUGGUGGGGCGUCAUACUCGCCUGCACCAUCGCCAUUUUCUUCACCCUCCCCAUCGGCAUCAUCACCGCCAUCACAAACCAGUCGCCGGGGUUGAACAUCAUCACCGAAUACAUAAUCGGAUACAUCUACCCCGGGUACCCCGUCGCGAACAUGUGCUUCAAGGUCUACGGAUACAUAAGCAUGCAACAGGCCAUCACAUUCCUCCAAGACUUCAAGCUCGGACACUACAUGAAAAUCCCUCCACGGAUGAUGUUCAUGGCGCAGGUCGUCGGAACUCUGAUAGCCGCCUUGGUCUACUUAGGGACAGCGUGGUGGCUAAUGGAGUCCAUCCCGGACAUGUGCCAAUCGUACUCCGAUGUCUGGACGUGCCCCGGCGACCAUGUCUUCUACGAUGCGUCGGUGAUAUGGGGCCUGAUCGGCCCCCGCAAGAUCUUCGGAGACCAGGGGACGUACACGAUGGUGAACUGGUUCUUCCUCGGGGGAGCGGUGGCUCCGGUGAUGGUGUGGGCGGCGACGAGGGCCUUCCCGAAUCAAGAAUGGAUCAGGCUGAUCAACAUGCCGGUGCUGAUAGGGGCGUGCGGGAACAUGCCUCCGGCGACGGCUGUGAACUACACGACGUGGAUCAUAGUGGGAUUCCUGUCGGGAUAUGUGGUGUUCAAGUACAGGCCGGACUUGUGGCAGCGGCACAACUACGUCCUGUCGGGAGCGCUGGACGCAGGGCUGGCGUUCAUGGGAGUUCUGCUGUACCUCUGCUUGGGAGUGGAGAACAUUGGGAUUGAUUGGUGGGGGAAUGAUCUUGAUGGAUGCCCUUAUGCUUCCUGCCCUACGGCCAACAAUGUUUUCGUCGAUGGCUGCCCAGUCGUGUCCUAGUGAAUAGAAAAGAUUAUGAUUUUUAGAUGAUUGCUUUUGCUUGUUAUCCUCAGUAUUAUUAUGUUUGUGUUUGUCAAGAACAAAAGCAAUUCAAUCCAGUUGUUCUUGUUCUAUUCAUUUUACUUCGUAUGAGUACGACUAUAAUUUUUAUCUUC